CAGCCGGGCGGGCCCGCGCGGAGCAGGGCGGUCGCUGCCCUCGCCCGCGGAGGGAGCGAUGGAGCCGACGGCCCUGAAGCUGCUUCCACCGGACCCGGGAGAUGAGGGCACGCAGCGCUGCCGGCUGGGACCCGCCGCGCUGUCCUGGCUGGGGGCCCGGCUCGGCGCCCCGCUGAGGAUCUCGCUGCCCGGCGGGUGCUGUGUGUGCACGGCGUGGCCCCGGCACGACCUGGCCGACGGGUUCCUGCAGGCCGACCUGACCUGCAGCACCGCGGGCCUGGCCCCGCCGGCCCUGCGCGGGCUCUCGCUGGAUGUGCGGCAGCUGGAGCCGCUGCCCCACCGGCAGCUGGGGAAGGCGGCGGUCAGAGUGGUCCUCAGGAGCGCCGCGCUGAAGAAGUCGACUCCCAGAGCGGUGUUGCAGGAGACGAUCAGAGAACUGUUGAGAAAUGUUUAUGUUUUGCCUCGUUACGUUGUUACUGUUGCCCCAAGUCCCGAAAAUCCCGUGGUGUAUAUUGAAAUACUGUCUGCAGACUCUUUGGUGGAGGAAGCUGGAUUGAUAACCCCCCAAACAAGCAUAAAAAUUAAGGAAGUGAUCACUUUAGAAUGGUACAGACAUUUGUCAGAAGGCAUCGCAAAAACUUCAGUUGCAGGACUAGAUGACGUGGGGAAGUCUUUGAAAGAAAUGAUCGAUCUGCCUUUGCGCUUUCCAAAAACUUUUAAGAACCUGGGGCUUUCUGUCCCUAAUGGAGUGCUGUUAAUUGGGCCCCCGGGUGUAGGGAAAACUCUUAUGGUGAAGGCAGUAGCAGAAGAGGUGGGUGCGUUUCUGUUUGGCAUCAGUGGCCCAGCCCUCCAUGGCUCGAGGCCAGGAGAAGGUGAAGAGAAUUUGCGGAGAGUCUUCGAAAAGGGCAGAGAAAUGUCCCAAGAAGGCCCAACCAUUCUCUUCUUUGAUGAAAUUGAUUCUUUGUGCCCGAAGCGAGGGAGUUCAAACAAUGUUCCUGAAGAUCGGAUUGUUGCUCAGCUGCUGACGCUGCUGGAUGGUGUAAGGAGCGAGGGUGAGAUGGUCAUUGUGGCAGCAACAAACAGGCCAGAUGCCUUAGACCCUGCACUCAGAAGACCUGGCAGAUUUGACAGAGAGGUUAUUAUUGGGACCCCAACAGUCACACAAAGAAGAUCCAUCCUGCAGUUGCUUACGUCUAAUAUGCCCAUUUCUGCAGACGUUGAUUUGGCUCAGCUGGCAGAGAUGACACCUGGGUAUGUGGGAGCUGAUCUCACAGCACUCUGCAGGGAAGCUGUUAUGCAGGCUGUGUCCCACAGCUCCUUGGAGUCAACUGAAACUGAAACCAUGAUUAACAUGGGAGAUUUCCAAGAAGCUUUUAAAAAAAUUCAACCAUCCUCUUUUCGAAGUGCAGUUGGACUAACAGAGUGUAAACCAGUGACUUGGGAGCAAAUUGGUGGUCUUGAAGAUGUAAAAUUAAAGUUAAAACAGAGUAUUGAGUGGCCUAUGAAGUUUCCUCAAGCAUUUGCUCGGAUGGGCCUGUCCCAUCCCAAGGGUAUCCUUCUCUAUGGGCCUUCUGGCUGUGCCAAAACCACGCUGGUGAGGGCUGUGGCCACCAGUUGUCACUGUUCCUUUCUCUCUGUAAGUGGUGCUGACCUGUUCUCACCUUAUGUUGGAGACUCAGAGAAGAUUUUGUCUCAGGUUUUUCGCCAAGCAAGAGCAAACACUCCAGCAAUAAUAUUCCUGGAUGAGAUUGACACUAUCCUGGGAUCUCGGUCACACGGCAGAACUGGCCCUGGGGUCUCCGAGCGGGUUCUGUCUGUUCUCCUCAAUGAGUUGGAUGGUGUUGGGCUGAAAGUUACAGAAAGAAGAGGAGGCAAAUUACAGCUUGAGGGGCAGUGCCAAGAACAAAGUGAUGAUGAGGAAAGAAAGCUAGAGUUUCAGGAAACUUUGAACAAAGAUUUCAUGGUAGUUGCUGCAACAAAUAGACCAGAUAUGUUGGAUGAUGCCUUAUUGCGUCCUGGAAGGUUGGACAAGGUGAUCUAUAUUCCACCUCCAGAUCUGAAGGGAAGACUUUCCAUUUUGAAAAUCUGCACUGAAAAAAUUCCACUGGAUACUGAUGUGUCACUACAAGAUGUGGCAACCCUAACAGACCUGUUCUCUGGAGCUGAUAUUGAAAAUCUGUGCAAGGAGGCUGCUUUGUUGGCUUUGCAAGAGAAUGGACUUGAAGCAACUGCUGUAAAACACGAGCAUUUUGUGAAAUCAUUGAAGACUGUAAAACCAUCCUUAAACAGAAAAGACUUGGAAUUUUAUGAAAAAUUUUAUAAUCAAGAAUUAGCCUCUUGAAUCAAAAAGGAGUGGCAUAGGUAUUUUUAAAUAUAUUGCAAAGAUUUUGAAAAUGCUUACAUCUUUCCUGCUUUUUAAUACUGUACUCACUGUAGGUUUCAGGGUGUAUGAAAUACAGUGAGGUUUCACUUGUCAAAGGUCUGUAAUUUCGAUAAUGAAUAAUAAAUUAAAAUCUUGUUUGCUUUG